ACAAUAUUCUUCCUUUUCCUACACGUUUCUCAAUGUGUGUGUUCAUUUGUGUCUGUUAUUUUUAAUUUUUUCAUCUAAAUUUUUACCAAAAUUUUUGAUUAAAAAUUUAAAUUAACUCAAUUUUUCAAACUGAAUCAAUCAUGGUUCGAAUGAAUGUUUUGGCUGAUGCCUUGAAAUCGAUAAAUAAUGCAGAAAAACGUGGUAAACGUCAAGUACUAAUUAGACCAUCAUCCAAAGUGAUUGUCAAAUUCUUGAACGUUAUGGUCAAACAUGGCUAUAUUGGUGAAUUUGAAAUUGUUGAUGAUCAUCGUGCGGGUAAAAUUGUCGUCAAUCUAACCGGACGAUUAAAUAAAUGUGGUGUGAUUAGUCCAAGAUUCGAUGUACAGCUGAAAGAUCUGGAAUCAUAUACACGUAAUCUAUUGCCAUCACGUCAAUUUGGUUAUUUAGUGUUGACCACAUCGGGCGGUAUUAUGGAUCAUGAGGAAGCACGUCGUAAACAUCUUGGUGGCAAAAUUUUAGGCUUCUUUUUUUGAAAACAAAAACACUACAUAAACACAAAAAAUAUUGACAAAAAAAAGUUCAUUUUUUUCUAAAAAAA